AUGUCCGCACGAUUCGGUCUGCGCUCAGCGCAACAAGCAUCACGACAAUCGUCCACCGGUACUGGCUUCACUUUCCGAUCGCGCAACCCCAUCUUCCGAAGAUACCAAGGCACUGCGUCCAAUCCUGCCGCCGAGACCGUGGUUCCUCCCCAACAAAGCCUUUUCCAAAGAUUAUGGACCAGUGAAGUGGGCAUUAAGACGGUGCAUUUCUGGGCACCAGUAAUGAAAUGGGGUGUUGUCAUCGCCGGCGCCUCCGACUUCCUUCGCCCGGCUGAGAAGCUCUCCCUGACACAGAACCUCGCGCUCAUGGCCACUGGCUCCAUUUGGACUAGAUGGUGCUUCAUCAUCAAGCCCCAGAACAUGCUUCUCGCCGCCGUGAAUUUCUGUCUGUUCCUCGUCGGAACAACACAAGUCACCCGUAUCUUGUUGUACCAGCAAUCCAUCAAGGGCACCGAGGGUGCUCUCAAGAGCAUGGAGCAAGACGUCGUGUCUGCCGCCAAGGACGUCGAGAAGAAAGUCGAGGCCAAGCUGUCGUAG